AUGAAUUCAAGAUUCGAUUUUGAUGAGACUCCUUUGAAGAAAGAUUUUGGAUCUUUCUCAUUGGAUGACAUUUCAUCAGGAUCAUCAAUAACAUCCAUUAUCAAAAGUAUUUUUACAGCUGGAGCAAGAUUAACAUGGAAUGAUGUUUAUAAAUUUGCAUAUAAUGAAGAUAGUACUUAUUGCGCAAUAUUAAUUGGACAACAAUUAUUUAGAGUUUCAAUAUCAGAUGGAAGACAGAUAUUUACUAAUGUAGGAGAGAAUUAUUACGAUGUUGCCUAUUUAUCAAAGCGAGAUGAGAUUAUUGUUUUAUCUGACAAGCAAAUAACAUACUACAAUAACAAACUUACAUCUAUUAAAUCCAUUCCAAAUCAAAAUAAAUUAUUAAGAUUAGCAAUAAUCAAUGACAAUCUUGUUGGUAUCUCAAAAUCACAAAUAACAUUUAUCGAAAAUACCGAAGAAAAGCCAAUCGCAAUCGAAGAAUGGACAUAUCUUUCAUACUGCAACAGAUUAAUUUGUUUAGGCUCAAAAACAAUAAGUAUUAUCAACAACGAAUACAAUACAAUCCAUCCUGACAUCAAAUACGAGACAAUUAAAGAGAUUUCAUGCAACAGCAAAGGAUCAAAAAUUUAUAUUUUAGAUAACAAGAACAAUAUCACGAUUUUAUCAGAAGACAGUGAUUACAUGGAAUUUGUUAUUAACGAAACUACCGGAACCAUGCAAGUAAUGCCAUGGAAAGACGAAUUUUAUUUAACAUUAAAUAAUUACAGCACAAUUUCAUUUUUCAACAACAACGGACAAAGAGUAUUAUCAAAAAACAUAAAACCGAAUUCAGUUCUUCGCUACGUUCCUUCUGGAUUUUUAAUGUUCGAUCCACAAAACGUAAUUGGCCAAAACGUUCAUUUCGACAUUGUCAAGUUCACUCCUGUUGAUCCUUAUGAUUUAUACACUCGUAGUUGUGAGAAUUCUAUGUGGAGUGAAGCGAAAAAACUUCAAGAAAUUUACAAUUUCGAUUCUGACAUUUUCCAUAAAUUUUACAUCCAAAAUAAUGAAUUAAACAGAAGAAUUAUUGAUGAACAUUUAAGACUAAUCAAAGACAAAGACUAUGUCUACAACUUUGUACUGAAUAACUCAUCAAUUUCCAGUGAUAUUGAGUCAGCUUUGAUAAAUGAAUGUUUAAGAGUAAAACCAAACGAUGAAAAACUGACAAAAAUAAGAGAAAGACUUAGAAUUUUCACUAAACUGCCAAGGACAUCAUUUCUGCAGUCAGAAUGGAAUGAAUUCAAAAAUUCUGACAUAAAAGUGACACUUCAGAAUUUUGCCAAAAAUCAGAAGUUUAAAGACAUAGCAAUAAUAUUCCAGGAAUCAAAAGAAAUUACAAAAAGUGACAAAGAUGACAUCAUCUCACAUUUGUCACCUUUUAUUCCACCGAGUGAAUACGAGUGUCUUAUGCCGAAUGAUGUUGAAUAUUUCAAGAAGAAAUGUUUUGAAAUUGAUGACAAAAUUGGCCAAACUGACAUCUUAUGUCAAUUUUUGAAGAUCGGAUCAACGAAAUUCCCUAAAGAGUUGUCAGAACUUUAUAACAAUUCUUUACUAUUCGAUGAAUUCGUUUGCAAUGCAACUAAUUUAGAAGCUGUGAAAAAAUUAUCAUUUAAUGAUUUCAUUAAUUUGCAAGAUGAACAAAAAUUGUUUAUUUUCAUUUCUGAUAGUAAUAAUGGUCUUGAAGCGAAAAAUAUAAUAGAAAAGCAUUGUCUAAAAAUCUGCCAAAAUAAUUUUGACGGUUUAUGUACGUUAAUGUCAAAUAUUUUGUCAGAUUCUCCAGAAAUGUUCAAAAAAUCUCCGGAAACAGACAGAAUUAAAUUUGUUUCUCAAAUUAUUGAGAUUUUCCCAACAAAAAGUGACUUGGCAGAUAAGAUUCUUAAAUAUUCAACAAUUAUUUUGGAUGAUACAAAUAUUUCUGUCAUUCUAUCGUCUUUCGGUUAUUUAAGUGAAGUGACCAAAGAUUUAUUAAUUUUGUUGAAAUUUAAUAAUAAGAAUUCCAAACCAAAAUCAUUCAAACAAAUCACAGACAAAACAAUUCCUGAAUUUAUUUUAUCUGCUGGAGAAAAUUUGUUGUCAAGCAAAAAUUUGACAUUUGAUAAUUGGUCGGAGUUUACAAAGACAUCUAAACGAGUUUACAAGGAUUACAAGAAAGAUACAGAGUUUAGGAACAAACUUAAGAUGGAGACAUUCAAUGCAAUGCUUACUUUAAAGGAAUGGAGUGAAAUCGAAAUCACAAAUUCAAAAGAAAUCGAUAUCUGUUUGGAUUUCUGCCAAAAAAUGAUAAAAAGUGCAAAAUCUUGUUCAUUAAGAGAUGAAAACUUAAGCAGCGCUGUUCAGAUUUUGGGAAUGAUUCCAGAUGAUAUGCAACCGCCAAUUGUAAAGUCACUUUUUAACCGUUUUAUGAUGUAUGAUGCUUUUAGCGAACUCGACAACUUAAUAACACCUUCUAUCAUUGAUACAACUGAAGAUAAAACAAAUUUGAUUUUGAACAUUUUAGAAAGAAAAGGUGA